AUGGAGAGCAGCUGUAAAUACAGAUGGCUCCUCGCUCGCUCGCCCGCCCACUGCUCACCUCCCGCUGUGGGGCCCGGUUCCCAGCAGGCCAGGGACCAGUACCACGGCCUGAGGGUUGGGGACCCCUGCCUUAAAGAGGCAGAGUGGUGGGACAUGAGGCUAGCCCACCACUGCUGGCCAGUGGGAGGGAGUCAUGAACCAAGGAGUGCCAGUGGUGUGCAUGAGCUGGUGAUGGUCAGUCAUUCUCAGAGAUGUCACAACCCUGCCUUCAGGCCACUGAGGCCUAUUUUUGAAUUUGACCUCCAGAAUUGUAAAGUAACCAGUUUUUUUUUUUUUUAA